UUUCAUUAUAAAAAAAGUUCAAUUAAAGCUAAAAAAACUGAAAAACAAACAAACCCAAUUAAAGAAAACAAUGAAGGAAGAUGAACAAAAGAUGGGUUCUGUUUUUACACCAUUAAUGAAGCUAAUUUUAUGCUUCAUGAUCCCAUUAAUUUUUGUCUCUGUUUUUGUUUCUUUCUAUCCGAUUUCAAAUCCUUCUAAAUGGGUUUUUAACUCAGAUGAAUUAACAUCAGAAAAUGAUCAUAAAUCUCAGGUUUUAGCCAUGGAAUUGAGGUCAAAGAUUGAUGAAGUUAUUAUACCAAAAGAAGCUACUGAAACAGAGUACUCUGUUUUUUCUAAACCUCCAUUUUCUAUUGAAGUUGACUCCCCUGUUUUUGCACCAGUCGCGAUUGGGAGUUCAAUAUUAAUGCCGAAAGAUAUCCCUUCAAAUCCCACCGAUAUUGUCGUCACGACCUCAAAUGAAACACGUGCUCUUCCCAUAAAGAACAAAGUAAUAGAGAAGGAGGCCACGGAUUUAGAUAACCUUGAAAUAGGGCUUCAAAUGGCUCGGGCCGCAAUCAAGGAGUCUAAAUACUCAAAUCAUACGUAUGACGAUCCGGACUUUCGGCCUCUUGGUCCCAUGUAUUGGAAUGCCAAUGCCUUUCACAGGAGCUACCUUGAAAUGGAGAAACGGUUCAAGGUGUACGUUUACGAAGAAGGAGAACCUCCAUUGUUUCAUAAUGGUCCUUGCAAAAGUAUAUACUCAACCGAAGGGAACUUCAUACACCUACUGGAGAUCAAUAAUCAGUUUCGAACCAAGAAACCAGAGAAGGCUCAUGUUUUCUUCCUCCCCCUCAGUGUCGUCAUGAUGGUUCAUUAUGUUUAUCGACGAGAUUCACAUGACUUUGGUCCCAUUCGACACACUAUGAGAGAUUACGUUAAAGUCAUAUCUAGUAAAUAUCCUUACUGGAAUCGCAGCCUUGGAGCCGAUCAUUUUAUGCUCUCUUGUCAUGAUUGGGGUCCGGAAGCAUCAUUUUCAGUUCCAUAUCUAGCAAAGAACUCUAUUCGGGUAUUAUGCAAUGCCAAUACCUCCGAAGGGUUUAAGCCUCGAAAAGACAUAUCUCUUCCCGAGAUCAAUCUUCGAACGGGCUUCAUCAAGGGCUUCGUUGGUGGACCAUCUCCAUCAAGCCGCUCUAUAUUGGCUUUCUUUGCGGGUGGCCUUCACGGACCCAUUAGGCCAAUCCUAUUAGAGCAUUGGGGGAACAAGAACGAUCCGGAUUUAAAAAUCUACAAUUACCUCCCUAAGGGUGUUUCCUACUAUGCCAUGCUAAGGAAUAGCAAAUUUUGUGUUUGCCCUAGUGGUUAUGAAGUCGCAAGCCCUCGGGUGGUGGAGGCGAUCUACACCGGAUGUGUCCCGGUUCUUGUCUCGGAUCACUACGUUCCACCAUUUAGCGACGUAUUAAAUUGGAAGUCCUUCGCUAUCGAGGUCUCGGUCAAGGACAUACCGAACUUGAAGACCAUCUUAUUGAGCAUUUCAACGAAGAAAUAUUUGAAAAUGUAUAGACGAGUGCUUCAAGUAAGAAGGCAUUUUGAGGUGCAUUCGCCUCCCAAACGGUAUGAUUUCUUCCACAUGAUACUUCAUUCCGUUUGGCUACGACGAUUGAAUGUUCAUAUUAAUGGUCACCAAGAAUCGUAAGGCCUAUCGAGGAGUUGAAAGGAUAUUGUAUCAUGUAGAGAAGGAUGAGAUUUCAGUGUACUAAUCCAUUGGGUAUGGGCUUAUAUAGCUAAAUGUACUUAACUCCCUAGUAAUUACUAUUUACUAAUUAUGGUUCGACUAAUAUAAUAAAGCUAGCUAUAUGCCUGAAA